AUGCCAGGAGCCCCGUCUCUAGUGCACUCAAGCACCAAAGCAUGCAUCAAAAACAUUCGCAGUCUUACUGAUGUGGGGGACCUCGAGUACUGGAAGAUCCGCUCAAUUCUCCAACGCGUGCAGUCCGCAGAACAGCUACACCAGCUCGAAAUAAACUCCCCCCAACUAAAAGGCGAGGAUGCUGAGCUUUGGCGUGCCUUCAUAGCCCGCGACAUCCCAAAAUGGAGAGACAAGAACUACACCCCUAAAAACCCGCUUAAAUGGUACGAGGUAUACUGCAAGUACAAGAAAGAGCAACGAAUAGAGCUUGCGCGAGAUCAGGAGAAACUCGAGAAAGCUAUGAUGGAGGUUCGGAGGGAAAAAGAGACACAUGUCACUAAAGUCGUGGAUUUAAGGAUGGUACCCAAGGUACCAAAGGACCCACGGAUGAUGGCGAAUAAUGGCGGUGUGCCUCUUGGGAGAAGUAAGGGAUUUGCGAAGCCAGCGGCUACCAGUCUUACAUGGGGUGGAGGAAGCAAGACGAAGGUGUCCAAUCCCCAGAAUGUCCUUACGAAAGCUCGGCGGGAGGCAAAGGAGCUAAGCCAGAGGAGUAAAUUGUCCACGCCAACACACCAGUUAAUGGGAAGUCGAAAUCAAGUUAGAAAGGCACCGGCAGGAAUGGUUAACGAAUACCGGAAGGCUGCUGAGCCACCUGUACGAAUCCUGUCCAGACGAAAGAACAUUGUGGGCACCUUUGAUGACGCACAGAGCGGUCCGUCCCUGGAGGAGAGAGAAAAUCGGCUUCGCGCUCUAACCAUGGGAAGCGCGGGUUCGAAACGGGAUGCCUCCGGAGCAGUCAAGGGAGACCAUGUACAGAAAAUCACAAUGGUUGGUUCGUCGGAUGAGGAUACUGAUGAUGAGGAUAAAGAUGACCUCUUCGGCGAGAAGCCACAACCUAGACAAUCCCCAGCGGCGGCACGACGACCUGCUCGGCCUGCUAUAGUAGCCUCAUCACCAUCACAAUUAGGACAACCGCGGGUAUCUCAGUCUGCUCCGCCGCCAACCGUCACACCCUCGACCUCUAUGGCUAACAAAUCCCGACCGUCCACUCUCGCAUCCUCGCCACCUGUUCGGUCCGGAACAGGAAGUCCUGCACCAAAACCUAUGAUGCCCAGAAGGAAAGCCCCAGUUGAUAUAUUCAAUCGAGGACCAACAACUAAAAGGCCAAGACUUAAAUAA